AUGACUGAGUCAAAGCCUACGUCCAACACCCUGGAAGAAUGCACCGAAGAGGGCAUGGUGGACUACGAGAGUUACAUCGCUGCCUCGAGCAUCUUCGACCAUCCUCCACCCACGCCAGGGGCGCGUGACAACACGCGCAUCGCAUCUAAUCCAUUCGUGGAACGCGAUGAGGUACAUUCACCUAUCGUACAGCGUACAGUCUUCGACCCCGCGUCGGGUAUGCUGCACAACACUUUCGAUGAAGGCCAAGCACAACGUCUUUAG